GUAUCAAGUGGUGAUAAAGAUUGUUGGUUAUGGGUGCCAAAGAGAAUGCGGAGGAAAGGGAUGACCGUUUAAGCGACAUGGAAAAGGAAGCAAAACAAGGCAAGGAUGUUGAGUCUGAUUAUGAGCCAGCAAGAGAUUCUCUCUCAUCUCAAGGGGAGAUGCAGAGUAAUGAAGAAACCAAGGUAAAACGAGCUUCAAGGGUUCCCAAGAAGCUCGCUAAAAAAGAGUCAACAGACAGCUAUCCUCGUGCCUCAAGAGUUAGUUCAAAUCGUCAGGGUGGCAGCAAGCUGCAGUAUAAGACCUCCAACAAUACUCGAAAGAAAUCAGAGAAACCAGAUAAACCUGCUUCUGCUUCUACUAAUACCAAAAAUCUUGACAGUAAGAAAUCAGAAAGCGUGAAAGUUCCUUCCAGGCCUUCAUCAGAUGUGUCUGAAGAAACUGAUGACAAGACUGAUGAUAAGACCAUCGAAGAGGUUAAGGAGAUUGAUGUGGAUGAGGCUCCCAAUUGUGAUCAAAGUGUUGGAACAGACGAUGAAACAAUUGAUACAGAAGAGAAUGUUAUGGAUGAUGAUAAGGAGAGCGCAUAUCAAAAGAUUGAGGAGAUGGAAUUGAGAAUUGAAAAGCUGGAGCAGGAGCUUAGGGAAGUAGCUGCUCUUGAGGUUUCUCUUUACUCCGUAGUUCCUGAGCAUGGAAGUUCGGCGCAUAAGGUUCACACGCCAGCACGGAGGCUUUCUAGGUUGUAUAUUCAUGCUUGCAAAUAUUGGUCGCCAGAUAAGAAGGCUACUGUUGCAAAAAACACGGCUUCUGGGCUUGUUCUGAUUGCCAAGUCUUGUGGUAAUGAUGUCUCAAGGUUGACAUUUUGGUUGUCAAACACAGUUGUCCUGAGAGAGAUCAUUUCCCAAACAUUUGGUAAUUUAUUGCAAUCAAAUCCAGUCCUGAAGGCUGUUGAAUCUAACGGGAAUGCGAAAAAGUUUGAUGGAAAGUCAACUCCAUCGAGAUGGAAAAACAGUUCUGGUAGCAAGCAAGCAAAAAAGUUCACUGCCAUGCAACUCGCAGAUGACUGGCAAGAGACUGGCACGUUUACAGUUGCCCUAGAAAAGAUCGAGUCUUGGAUCUUCUCCCGAAUAGUUGAGUCAGUAUGGUGGCAGGCAUUAACCCCCCACAUGCAAUCUCCAGUGGAGGAUUUAUACACAACAAAAUCUUUUGGGAAAGUGUUAGGACCAGCUUUGGGCGAUCAGCAGCAAGGGAGCUUCUCUAUUAACCUUUGGAAGAGUGCAUUUCAUGAUGCCUUUACCAAGAUCUGUCCGCUACGUGCUGGAGGACAUGAGUGUGGUUGUUUGCCUGUACUGGCGAGAAUGGUGAUGGAACAAUGUGUAGCCCGGUUAGAUGUCGCAAUGUUUAAUGCCAUUCUGCGUGAAUCAGAAAGUGAGAUACCGACAGAUCCUGUCUCCGAUCCUAUUGUUGACCCAAAAGUUCUGCCAAUUCCAGCUGGGGAUUUAAGCUUUGGAUCCGGUGCACAGCUGAAAAAUUCUAUUGGCAAUUGGUCCAGAUGGUUGACAGAUCUGUUUGGUAUGGACGAUGAUGAUCCUAGAAUAGAUGGUCAAAUUGCUGAAGAGUAUGAUGACAGACGACUGAGCAGUGAAUCGAAAUCCUUUCAUCUACUCAAUGAGUUGAGUGACCUCUUGAUGCUCCCAAAGGACAUGCUUCUCGAGAGGACUAUCAGAAAAGAGGUCUGUCCUUCGAUUGGCUCGUCCUUGGUUACUCGGAUUCUAUGCAAUUUCACACCUGAUGAGUUCUGUCCAGAUCCUGUUCCUGGUUUAGUCCUCGAGGAACUCAAUUCUGAGAGCAUGCUGGAGCGUUUGUCAGACAAAGAUCAAAUCAGUAGUUUCCCACGUUCUGCGGCUCCUAUCACUUACCAGCCACCUUCACCGUCCGAUGUGGCUGAGAAGGUGGCCGAUGCAGGAGGAAAGGCUGAGUUGGACAGAAGGGCAUCGAUGGUCCAGAGGAGGGGGUAUACUAGCGAUGAUGAUCUGGACGACCUAGAUUCUCCCCUCACUUCCAUAAUAGAUAAGACCCCUCCCGUUUCCCCAUCUUUUGGAAAUAUGGCAGAUGCUACACAAAAGGAAAGAUCACAAGCAAAUGCGAGAUACAAGCUCCUUCGAGAAGUAUGGUCCGGAUGAAUAUAACUUGCGAUGUUCUCUGAGACUUAGGGUUUCUUGUUAUGGUCUUGUAGAGAUGAAGGAUUGGAGGUUGAAGAAAUGAGGCACUAUAAAGUCAACAUAUAUUGAAAAUUACGGCAACAGCUUCAAAGAGUGGAUGAUCCUUCUUUCCUGGCGUCAGGUUGGCUGCAAAGCUUAUGGAAAGAUGGUGCCAUACAGAUCAGGUUUCAGGCUAGCACAUGAUUUAAACAUGUAAUUUUGUGUGUUCCUAAAUAGAUUCUAUUGGAAGAUGGAAAUAUUUGACUUCACAGAACCACUAUAAUUGAGUGUUGCACCCUGUAAGGUUAUAGUUUGCUGGCUUGCACCUAUAAACACUACGAUUGAUCCUUCUUCCA